CUUGUUCCUGUUCUUUGCCUCUCGUUUUGUUGGGGAAGAUAUCACAGUGAUGUCUGCAUUCAACCUGCUGCAUUUGGUGACAAAGAGCCAGCCAGUCGCCCUGCGAGCCUGUGGGCUUCCCUCAGGAUGUCAUUGGACAGUACAGGCUGGCUUUGAACUUGGGUCAUGUAGGGAUAAAAAGAACUGUAAGGUGGUCUUUUCUCAGCAGGAACUGAGGAAGCGGCUAACACCCCUGCAGUACCAUGUCACUCAGGAGAAAGGAACCGAAAGUGCCUUUGACGGAGAAUAUACACAUCACAAAGAUCCUGGAAUAUAUAAAUGUGUUGUUUGUGGAACUCCAUUGUUCAAGUCAGAAACCAAAUUUGACUCCGGUUCAGGUUGGCCCUCGUUUCACGAUGUGAUCAGUUCUGAAGCAAUUGCGUUUACAGAUGACUUUUCCUAUGGGAUGCACAGGGUGGAAACGAGCUGCUCUCAGUGUGGCGCUCAUCUUGGGCAUAUUUUUGAUGAUGGACCCCGCCCAACUGGCAAAAGAUACUGUAUAAAUUCGGCUUCCUUGUCUUUCACACCUUCAGAGAGCAGUGGCGCAGAAGGAGUCAGCGGGGUCAGCAGCUCAGCCCAGACAGACAAAGCUGAGCUGUAGAGUAAUGGAGAGUGGUGGAAACAAAGUGUACUUAAUGCACAGCUUAUUAAAAAUAUCAAAAUGUUUAUCUUCCUAGAUAUAUUUUUUCAAAAACUAUAAGGGAAGUUUUGUGCUAUGAUAUAUUUUCUUCUUUUGCUUAAACAGAGGCUCAGCCCAUCCAUGUAUUUUGUUAUUGACUAGAUCCAGAACUGUUUAUAGCUUUUGCAAAUGGAGAUAUCUCUGUGAAACUUCUUCACAGGCCCCUUAUGCAUGCUCUGGCAUUAUUUUCCUUGAGCACACACCUUCUUUUGAAUUCUGUUGUUGUUUUCCUUUUAAUUCAGAAGUAUAAUUGAUCUUCGGAUGUAAAAACUGAGAUCUCCUGUAGGGACCAGGCGAGGGCAGGACACUGACACAUGGCCUUAUGGCAUUGCACAAAUCCACCUAAGAUAAGGACCUAUGUCUUAAGAGACUUUGCAGCUUUGGGAUAAAUUUGAGCUAAGGUGGUUUUUUCUCCCAAAAGGUGUGAAUGUCUAAAAUUUUUCCUUAUGUUAAAUUGUUGCCAGAUCUGAGGUGGUGCACUGGGUGUUGUGGCAGAGAUAUAAACAUUACCUCACAAUUAGACCCUUAUUUUAUUUUAUUUUCCAUUGAAAUCAUUGGAAUGUAAGACAACUAUAAAAUUUUGAGCCUGAUUUUGACUGAAGUUCACAAAGAAUAACACCUGCCCAUUGCCUUUUUAUAAGACCUUCUCUUGACGCCUAAUAACAGCUGCAAAUAGAAGGGCAUUUGGAUACAUUCCUCUGCAUAGAGUAAAAUAUUGGAGACAACACACCUCAUCAAGGAACUGAAGGGGGAAAGAGAGAGAAAGAAGAGAGAGAGAGGGAGAGGGAGAAAGAAAAUACCAAGGAUGAAGUCUUGAGUACUAAAAAAUCCAAUGCUGGGCAUAAAAGUUGACAGGAUACUGCAAGUAACAAAACCAAAGCACAGAACUUAGAGCUUCAGGUGACCUCUAGGAAGAUGUUGGGUAUUAACACGGAAAUAACCAGGCCCAACUUGCACACUUAAUACUAAUCUGCUAUGUGACAAAGGACAAACCAUUUAGCCUCUCUGUGCCUAUUUCUGCAUGUAUAAACUGGGACUUAUAUUUGCAAAAUGCAUUGACACUCUCAGGGCAAACUUACCAUAUUGCUCUACAAUUAGGAUCAGUAUUGUAAAUUUAAACUGAUCUUGUUCUAAUUGCUUCAGAGGCCAAAGCCCAGGUAUUUGAAGUAGAAAGAAGCAGAGGUUGACUUAGCUGAUUGGUAUGGAAACAGUUGGGCCAAGAGCCAGCACUUUUUCUGUUUUGUAGUAAUAUGGCUGGUUUUACUUUGAAAAGCUCUGUUCAGUUGCUUUACAAGUUUUAGUCUGGCAGAAUGGGUGUUAACGUGAACGAUAGGAUUUUCAAAGGUAUGAACAAUGGUGAUAUAAGUUGAUAUUGUAGUAUCCAGAUGUGAAGGCAUGGUUUGUGGUUGAUACAUAUUGUGUUCAUAAUUUUGAAUGCUAAUCUUGAAAUGCAAUUUUUAAAAAUACUAUUUUUCUAAAUUUUUGAUAAUUAAUGAAGACAUGUCUUUCCUUGUAAGACAAAAAUAAGAAAGAAGGACGCUUGACAAUUAUGAAAGCACAAUGGGAAGUGAAAAUGAAAAGUUGUGACAAACCAAACUGUGAGAGUGGCCAUGUCUAUAUGAUUCAUCCCUCUUCAGAUACCUUGGGUACACCCGGACAUCUGAUAACUCUUCACUAUUAUCUGUGCUGUAGCUUUGCAAUCCCAGAGGAAUCACAUUCUUACUUGUAUACUCCUUCAGCUCCAGAUGUUUCACCCCAGACCCUAGGGUCACUUUGAAAUUUGCAGGCUUCAUGCCCCUCUAGAAAUAAGGUGUAAAAUUUAAGACUAGACUGGCCAUCAACAUCCAGACUGUCUUAAAAUCUGUGCCAGCUUCACAGAAGCAUAUACAGCACUUCUCAGCCAUUCUAACUGUAUAUGGUGGCCUCCUUCAGAACUGGAUUUGAGCCACAUUGUUGGGGUAGAUAAAGGAGAUAAGUGAGGGGCUUCUUCUCACUCCCCAGAGAUUCUGUAUUGUCACUGUUCCUUCAUUUUUAUAGUAGAAUUCAGCAUUUCCCUCCAAAAAUAAUUAAAAAAAUGUAAAAAAUGCCCUCCCUUUCUAAGCUUUAGUCUGUCUGUUAAGAAAAGCCAAUUAUUUUCCAGCACCAACUUUAAGAAAAAUGCAACAUCCAUCCAGUGAAAAAGAAGUGGGAUAUAUGCAUGUGGUUUAAUUCCAGAUUGUAUUUUGGUUUAAGUGGUAUCAAAUUUCAGUAUAUUUCUGUCUUAUGUUAAAGAAAUACAUUACUGAAAUGUCAGUGGGCAAUAAUGUCAGCUGUCAAGCACUAGAUUUAUUUCUGCAGGAUAUGGAGUGCAAUGAACUGAGUCAAUAUGGUAAGGUGUAUGUGAUCUGUGGGAAUUAUGCCAUUUAGCAUAGGAAAUGCAUAGUUCUUCCCUGUGCAUUCCAGCAUUACUGUACCUUUGGAAGACAUGGAAUUUUACUAUUAUACAAGAAUGCGUCCAUCUAGCCACACAGAACGGAUCUGAAGAAUGCAGCAAUAUCUAUUGUAGUAAAGAACAUUUCUACUAUACUUUUCACUUCUUAGAAAUAUUUAAAUUCUUAAUAAAAACAAUAUAACAAUUUGAAGAUCUCUUCAUUUUAAUUGUGUUUGAAAAAUCUUGCUUUAAAAAUAAAAAAAAACAAUGAAAGGGAUUAUCACUUAAUUUGAAGGUCAAAUGUUAUUCUCGAUUUAGAUAACUUUGUAAUAAUUUUUCUCCAGAGUUGGAAACUUCUGAAAAAUG